UUUGCCUACAGACAAGCUCGUUCUUCCAAUAUGGACCCCACUUCUAAGUAACGGCACGUUGGCUGUUGUCGCAGCGUUGACCUCGGAAAUGCGUCGGUGUGUUACCUUCGCGCUGCUUCUCGUCCCUUCGUGCUUGUGCUUUGUGCUGACCCGAGGUGACAUCGUGCUUCAUCGCAACGGUUACACGGGCGUCACCAUAGCUCUAUCGUCGCGGAUUUUGGGAGAGCGUCUGCCCGACAACUUUGCGAACAUCGUCGCCGAGCUCGUCGAGUCUGCGUCGAAGAAAGUUUACGCCGAACUCGACGGUCGCGCGUUUUUCAGGGAGAUCACCUUGCUCGUUCCCAGUUCCCUCAACGCUUCCGCCAUUGUCGAGACCAACAGCACCAGUGACGACUUUAAUAUCGCGGUGAGUUCGAGGCCCAGCUUCGGCUCAGCGCAUUUUGUGAUCGAGGCCGACAAAGGCGUCCUCUUCGGUGAGCACCCGUACACCCUGCAGUAUGGCUCUUGCGGUGUCCAAGGCUUACGAACGGUGCUACCUUUCUCCUCUGUCGUCAAGAUCGACGGUGUAGCGAUGGCCAAGGAAUGGUUACGUUUCAGAUACGGCGUCUUCAGCGAGGAACCUGUGCCGAAUGAUCCUCUCUACUCGUCCGACGCGGCCGCCACGAAGCAGGGCGUUCUUUGCGAAUCGCGAAGCGCUCGGGACGUAAUUAACCAGUCCGACGACUUCAGUGGUGUCAACCUUAGCGGCUCCUCUCCCUACGAGCGCGUCAAGUUGAAUAUCGUCCAGGAGGCUCCGCUGCGCCUCGUCGUCGUCUGGAAUGUCGAAUCGAAAGACCGGACUUCUACGCCUUACAUGACGACUCUCAAGGCGCUCAAGAAGUUUGCUCAGACGCUGGUCCCAGAGGGGUCGAUGAUGGCGUUGGUGGCCUACAGUUCGAGCGUGUUCUAUGCCGACAGCGGGCUCAUUGUGAUGAAUACCAAGGAACAGAGAGAACAGUUCGCCAAGAGCUAUCCGGCAUCUCCUCGAGUCACAUCGACCCUUGAGCGGGCAGUAGUCAAGGCUUUAGAACUCCUGGACUCAAAGGCAGGCGAACACACCGGACCACAGGGUUCUAUUCUGUUAAUAUCUCACGAACAAAUUCGUUUGGAAGACCUCAACGCUGCAAGAAAAGCGUUAGGCGGUAAACAACUCAGGGUUCACGCCCUGCUUUUUUCUAAAAGCGGUGUUGAAAACAACGUAGAAAAGCUCUGCUCCGAAUAUGGCGGCGGUGUAUUCUUAGCCCAGACCUACGAGAAAAGAUCUCUGGCUUACACGCAACAGACGAACGCGAUCGCUGCUUUGGCAUUCAGCAAAACGUCGUACGCCGAGACUAUGGCACCGGUAAUCCUAAGACAGAAAGUAAUAGAUCCAGUUAAAGAAGGUGCGGAAACCACGGAAGUCUUCAAUGUUGACUCGCUCGACAUGAUGACGCUUGGGGUGGACAUCGUAUUCGAGAAUGGCGAAGAAACUUCUUAUCACAUCAAUGAUCUCUUUCUUGAAUCACCGACUGGUAAAACGUAUGAUAUAAAGAGCCCGGAACUUACAGAGCUGCAGGCGUUCCACGUCGGACAGUUUAAGAUACAGGGCGCUUCCUCCGGACAGUGGACUUUACGCAUUAAACCCGAGACUUCCAUGCCGAAUCCGGUGAAGCUUGAAAUUUGGCUUCAGACGUCUUCGAUUACCGAUCCGCCAGUUACAAUCAGCGCCUGGCUUAGCUCGGAAUUUUGGAAUGUAGACCCCUCGAAGCCGCUUCUAAUCUAUGCGGAAGUUCGGAAAGGCUCGAACCCUAUUCGCUACGUUAGCGUCACAGCAACCGUGGUCGAUCCCGAGGGCAACACGACGGAGUUCAGUCUUGUGGACAACGGUGCUGGCACUCCCGACGUCACCGCCGGAGACGGAAUCUAUAGCCGAUACUUCACUGGCUUUUCGAAGAUGGGUCACUACACGUUGUCAGUGAGUGCCGAAGCGUCCGAUCAGAGUGUCGUAGUUGGCGGCGCCAUGCGGAACGAAGAGUCAUCACCGCCAGCUCAGUGCUGUGGUAGUCAGUUUCCGAAACAAGGUUCAGUGCCGUCGGGACCUUUCUCGCGCUAUUUUGAGUACGGAUCGUUUUUUAGCAUUGCCGACAGACCUCAAGGUGACAUAUACCCACCAAGUCGCAUCACCGACCUGAAAGCGAGCCGCGACGGCGAUCGUGUCACACUCGAAUGGACUGCACCUGGAAACGACUACGACCACGGUACGGCAAGGAGCUACGAAUUCAGAUUUUUUGACAGAGUCGUCGACUUCGCAAAGCUUUUCGAAGAUUCCGGAAAAAUAAUUCAAAAAUUUGACAUCGACAAUCUUGCGAAUUCGCCGAAGCCUUUUGGCGAACGGGAAAUGUGCGCGUUCACCUUCAGACACGGCGAUCAUGGAGGGAGCUACUACUUCGCUAUCCGCGCCGACGACGACUCGAACAAAGGACCCGUGUCCAAUGUGGUGGAAGUGACUUUCUCAGCGCCUGCAACUCCCGCGGUUGUUCCUGGGGGAGAGGGCACACAAGAUGGCAUCGUAAACGUAACGGACAACGACCGCAAUUUCGCGAGGGGUGGCUUGACGUCCCUGCAACUUGCGUUAGCCAUUGUGCUUCCCCUGCUUUUUCUAGUCAUUCUGAUCAUCAUCAUCUUGCUGGUCGUGUGCUUCAGGAGAAGAGGCAAAGAUGCCAAAGGAUCGCAAGACAGUUCGCCGCCACCGCCUCCCACGAGGGCGCGUCCCAUUAUCUCGGCUCCGCUCACGCAGAAUGGUUCGGUGACGCCCAAGAAAGAAGAGAGCGACGACAAAGUGAACCCUUACGCCACGUCACUCUUCAAUGGCAGCAGCAUCAGCCCCAUUAACUCUUAUUCGGCAGACUACCUCAUGGACCAAUACGAGCACGAGAAAGCGAAGAAGGCGACACAGAAUGGAACCCGGACACCGACGGCGCCACAGCGCGCUGAUCUCUCCUCCUCUUCGGAUUCGCAUUCGGAUGACCAAACUCGACGUCCAGAAAAGGUGUGGACGUCGCCGCAGGGCAGGGACCUUCAAGACGACGUCGGGCUGCCAGCCGUGAAGCCGUACGUGACCGAACUGAGGCCCGUGCAGAGCCCUCCUUACGAACCAGGAUCGCGUCGCUUGCCUCCAGACUUUUCUUCGGUGCCCAGAAGACAAACGUUUGUGUAAAUCUGCGUGGAAGGUUCACGUAGCU